GAGCGCGAGAGAGAGAGAGAGCGCGAGAGAGAGAGAGAGCGCGAGAGAGAGAGAGCGCGAGAGAGAGAGCGCGAGAGAGAGAGAGCGCGAGAGAGAGAGAGCGCGAGAGAGAGAGAGCGCGAGAGAGAGAGCGCGCGAGAGAGAGAGCGCGAGAGUGAGAGCGCGAGAAGAGAUCGAGAGAGAGAGUGCGAGCGCGAGAGAGAGACAGCACGAGAGAGAGAGCGCGAGAGAGAGAGAGCGCGAGAGAGAGAGAGAGAGAGGGCGAGAGAGAGAGAGGGCGAGAGAGAGAGAGGGCGAGAGAGAGAGAGGGCGAGAGAGAGAGAGGCGCGCGAGAGAGAGCGCGCGAGACAUCGAGAGAGACAGCGCGCGAGAGAUCGAGAGAGAGAGCGCGCGAGAGAUCGAGAGAGAGAGCGCGCGAGAGAUCGAGAGAGAGAGCGCGCGAGAGAUCGAGAGAGAGAGCUUGCGAGAGAUCGAGAGAGAGAGCUUGCGAGAGAGAUCGAGAGAGAGAGAGCGCGAGAGAGAGAGCGCGAGAGAGAGAGAGAGCGCGAGAGACGCGAGAGAGCGCGAGAGAGCGCGAGAGAGCGCGAGAGAGAUCGAGAGAGAUCGAGAGAGAUCGAGAGAGAGCGCGAGAGAGAGAGAGCGCGAGAGAGAGAGAGCGCGAGAGAGAGAGAGCGCGAGAGAGAGAGAGCGCGAGAG